AAAAUCACAAUCAUUAUUAAUUCCCCAAUUCUUGUGUUUCCUAAAUCUCAUUGCUCUCUCCGCCUAUCUCUGUUCUUCUCCGAUUCGGAAUCAACCGAAAUUCCGAUCAGCCAAAGCUCCAAUGAGCACCGGCGAGCUCCUCAGCAUCGAGCCUCUCGAGCUCAAGUUCCCCUUCGAAUUGAAGAAGCAGAUCUCUUGCUCGCUUCAGCUCUCCAAUAAGACCGAUAGCUAUGUCGCUUUCAAGGUCAAAACCACAAAUCCUAAGAAAUAUUGUGUUCGUCCAAACACGGGAAUUGUGUUGCCACGAUCAACAUGUGAUGUUAUAGUUACAAUGCAGGCGCAAAAGGAGGCUCCUCCAGACAUGCAAUGCAAGGACAAGUUUCUCCUUCAGAGUGUAAAGACCAAUGAUGGUGCAACUCCAAAGGAUAUUACUCCAGAAGCGUUCAAUAAAGAAGCAGGACAUGUGGUUGAGGAGUGCAAAUUGAGAGUGGUAUAUGUUGCUCCACCUCAGCCCCCUUCUCCAGUUCCAGAAGGGUCAGAGGAAGGGUCUUCACCAAGAGCUACUGUUACAGAGAACGGAAAUCUUGGUGCUGAAUUUUCUAAUGCCACAAAAGGAUUAUCGGAGCAGCUUGAGACCCCGGAGAGAUCUGUAGAGGCAAGAGCACUUAUUGCGAAAUUGGCAGAGGAAAAGUUAAAUGCGCUUCAAACAAAUAAUAGGCUUCGUCAGGAGCUGGAACUCUUGAGGAAUCAAGGGGGCAAAAGCAGUGGUGGCGUUUCAAUCAUUGUUGUCAUUGUCAUUGGCCUGCUUGGCUUACUUUUGGGUUAUCUCAUGAAGAAGUCGUAAGCAGUCUAUUACAGAUCUUUGUCAAGCCAUUUCCUUCUCAGUCAUUGAAGAAUGAUGGUGGAAGGACACAAACGAACAAAGGACAGGUGCUUCAUCUUUAGUUAGCUUUGCCAAAGUUUCCAAACUUGUUUAGGUGGGAGUCUUGAGUCUGUAGGUGCUGGAAUACUAGAUUAGCUGCGUCGGACUCAUUUGGUAAAAACUCAUAUUCUUUUUGUAACUUAAAAGGAGGAUGAUUUUUACUUGUUUAUUUUGUGGUUUUAACUCUUGAGGGAUUUUGCUCAACUGUGUCUGACAAUAAUUUUAUACAUCUCAAUGUGAUGUAGAACAUGUGUUCAGUUAUUAUGUUUCUUAUUUUU